AUGAAUUUCAGAUUAUAUUAUGAUGGAAUGCAUUACGUUGGUAAGGGUGGUGUUUAUACUGUAUGUGCUGCAUGUAUGUGGGCAAAUAAUUUGGUAGGGCAUACGAAUUAAAUGGACAUGUCUUGCCAUAAUAUGCAUCCUCGGUACUGCAUCGGCGUACUUUUUCAUGUCCUGAAUUAAGUAAACUUUGGGCUUUUCACUCGACUGGCCGAGGACACGAGGUAGCGUUCAGCAAAUUAUAUACACAUGUGAAGCACAGCGUCUAAGGGUCCAGACACACCAGACGCGAUUCGACAACGCGACGCGAUAUUUCGAUUUUCACUUACCGAUAACUUUGAUCCUAGUUUAAAUUUUCCAAAUAUUUAGAAGCGCUAUAACAUUUUAAGUUAGGGACCGGUCAUAAAGUAACUAACCUGAGUAUCAGGCCGUACUUUUUAGGGCACAGGCACGCCUGAUCGUGGGCGAAGGGGAGAAAAGUACGGCCUGACACAAAAGUGGCAUUUUGCCUGGUUGUUCAGUCCAGAAUCUGGACUGAGCGCUGAUUGGCCGAUUAGACAAACGAUUUUUAAAUCUGUCAUUUGAUUGGCUGGUGCUAAUUAGAUUAUACUAUUGUUGUUGAUAUAUUUUAUAACGAUCACAAUUCACAACUACAAUUAUAGCCGGCCCACUAAACGGCUGAAUUUAAAUUAAAACUGCAGUAAAAUUAGAAAAUAAUCGCAAAUUAGCGAAAUAUAUUGCAAAUGUAGCUUAUAUUAAAUCGCCAUCAGAUUGCACUAUCGACUGACGUAUAGUUAUAAAGUAUACUUUAUAAUUAUACGUCAGUUUGUUGAUAAAUACGGCAAGCGCCAUGUAAAGCUCAUUGUAGUCACUGAAACCUCUGCGGAGGAGAGAGCAAUCGGGUGGCGAUUUAAUAUAAGCUACAUUUGCAAUAUAUUUCGCUAAUUUGUGAUUAUUUUUGUUAAUUUUAUAAGUUCAUUGCAGUUUUAAUUUAAAUUCAGCCGUUUAGUGGGCUGCCUAUGCUAUAAUUAGAUUGUUGUUGUCGUUGUGUGAAAUUUAAAUUUCUCCUGCGACAUUUUGAUUGGAUACUAAAUAUAAACUUUGCUGUGGGCGGAAAGCGAUCAGGUUAAGUUUUGUGUCAGGCUCUAUUUGUAAAAUAGAGCCUGAUACUCAGGUUAUAAAGUAACUGCUAGGGUGGGCCGGAGUGAUUUGGGGUGGGCCAUGGAAAAUCUUUGGGCAGUUUGGAUGGGCCGCUAAUUAUUUUGUAUGUCUACCGUUGGGCCACCAAACAAAAACCCAUACCUACUUUCAUCCAGGGGCGUAGGAAGCCAGGGGGGCCUCGGCCCCAAUUAACCAAAAUUUUGAACUCAACAAGUCUAGACAAAAAUUUCAUCACAGCUUGAAAGAGCAUCACAAAAGUAGUAAUAUUCCAAAGUUUCGUUGCAAAAUGUUGUAAAAUGCGGACAAUAUAGCCUUGCGAAAUUUGCAAUUUUUAGUCAUUUUAGAUUACAAACGGGAAAUGGUUACCACUUCUGCGCGUAAUACAAAAUGACUGAAAAUUACAAACUAUCCGCAUUUUACAACAUUUUGCAACGAAACUUUGGAAUAUUACUAAUUUUGUGAUGCUCUUUCAAGCUGUGUUGAAAUUUUUGUUUAGGCUAGUUAAGAUCAAAAUUUUGGAAAAGUUGUAACCAUUUCCCUUUGUAAUCUAAAAUGACUGAAAAUUGCAAAUUUCGCAAGGCUAUAUUAUCCGCAUUUUACAACAUUUCGCAACGAAACUUUGGAAUAUUACUAAUUUUGUGAUGCUCUUUCAAGCUGUGAUGGAAUUUUGUCUAGACUUGUUGAGAUCAAAAUUUUGGUUAAUUGGGGAAUGGUCCGUUGAUGUAAGCUAAUCGCUAAUUGGCUUAAUUAUACAAACUUGUCGCUGAAUGGCUAUGGGUAUAAACGUUAAUACUAAUGUGCUUCGCAGAUACAAAAAUAAAAUAUACACCGGCACUGUAUUGAUAUAUGUUCAUACCUGGAAGUUUUUUUCAUUAUAAAAGUGUAUUUUCCCAAUUUAGAUUGGGUAGGUCAUGAAAUAAAUUUGGUAAGGUUGGAUGGGCUUUGAAAUUUUUAUCUACAUCCUAAGAUGGGUCACCAAACUUAUUGGCAAAAUUUGUGAUUUACCUCCUGGAGGGCCCACCCCAGCAGUUACUUUAUGACCAGUCCCUUAUUUGGUCUACAUAUCUUUCAAAAUUUGUUCUCAUUGGCUGUUUUAUUAACUUUCAAAAACUAAAAAAUCGCGUCGCGUUCUCGAAUCGCGUCCGGUGUGUCUUGACCUUAAAAUGCGUAGACGCAUUUAAGAAGAAUUUCAACUUGUUUUCCUCGGUUAACAAGAAACAGUAUAGUUCAUUUCCUAAAACUUGCAAGCCUUCUACUCUGCAGUAUGUUCAUAUUGUAAUGUUGAUCACAGUGUGUAUGUUCUCGUGUUUCUCUGGCAUUGCAUGCAUGAGCAGUCCAGGAGCGUGAGAUAAAGUACCAUUGGAAUUUUGUGCUUAGGUGCUAUGGAUAUAUCAAAGGAAUCCUAAGCCAACAAUGAAGUGAUAUGUGAUACAACUAGCACACAAGGGACAAAAUUUAGCUAAUUGGCUAGCUCCUUUUCUUUGACUCUCUACUGUAGUAAAUGUUGUAGAAUUCCAUAUACUUUUUUGCAGCGGAGAAAAGGUUUGAAACACUUAAUGAUUUGGUGGAGGAUGGCUUGAUAUCGAUGUACAUUGAAAUGAAUGCUAAGGACUAUAUAGAUACGAUGAUGUUUGAUCCACCACCUGCUCCGCCUGAACGGUCUGAAUCUUCGCGAAGGAGAAUAUCUUCAUCAGAUGCUAACGAACAAAGAGAACCGGUAAAUACCCAACUGUCUUGCUCAGUAUUAACGGUUUCAAGGGUUUUUCCCAAAGUGAGCAGUAUAGAACCAUUUACCACAUACAGUGUAUCAAACUAAUCCUCCUUCAUUUUAGUCAUAUAUGACAGGGUUCGUACAAAACUUGAAAGUCCUUGAAUGUCCUUGAAUUUGAAAACAAAAAUUCAAGGCCUUGAAUGUCCUUGAAUUUGUAAAGAAGUACUUGAAUGACCUUGAAUUCUUCUUGCUUUAGUUUUUGGAUAUUUUCUGAAAUUGUUUGACAUUCAAGACGGACAUUUUGUUGAACUGAUUUUGCACGUUCAUAUCUGACCUCAUUAUAAAGUUACGUUUUGAACAGUUCAACAUCAGAUUUUGCUGAUUUCUAACGCCUUUUCUUCAGUAUUUAGUCCUUGAAUUUGCUGGUACCUUGAAUGCCCUUGAAAAGUCCUUGAAUUUGACUCUUCCUGACAUGUACGAACCCUGAUAUGAGUCAUUUUAGUCAUUUAGUUAGCUACACCUGUAUGGAGAGUAUAAGGCCGCGUUUACAUUUGAUUUGCAUCCGGGGUACCAAGCGUAGUGGACCAUAUAGUUGGUACGCUACGGGAAACCAUGCACUCCGUUACAGUGUAAACACAAUACUAAGAAACGUUCAGUAGUGAAAAUAUAUUAAUUGGACUAUAAGAUUCUAUAUUCCACACUGAAACUGCAUUUUCGGAGUUCGAAUAUUGCGCUAACUUAGAGUUCUCUCACCUUGUACCUUUAUUAAACAAAUUUUCAUUCGAUAAUUAUUUCUAGCAGGGGGAUAGAAGACCCAGUGUAGACCACAGACAAAGCAUAAGAACAGCUUCUGCCUAUGACAAAGAACAUAAUUUUAAGGUAAGCAGUUGCUUUUUUAAAACUUUACUUCAUCGUGGCCCCAUACUAAAAAUGGAAAAUAUGAUUUAAUGUGCACGAAAAGAGUCAAGAAGGAAACGGUCAAGUUUUUAAUAGUGGGAAUAAUUGUCGUUAACGAAAAAUGACCAAAUUAAGGUUUAUUUUUAAUUAGGUAACAUGGUUUCCCAGACGAAUUAUAAUUUCACCAGAACAUCGAUCCUAAGCGAAAAAUUUUUUGUCCUUUAAUUAAAAACAUUUAUCAACCGAAUUUUUCUAUUUUUCUAUCAGAAAGCUCUGGAUCGAGAGGGAUUCAACUACCUAAGCAAAAUGUCCACGUUACAAAUGAACUGUAGAAAAAUUGAGCAAAACAAAAAGUAAUUUAUAGUCUAAAUUAUCUUCGAUUUUGAUAAAUUUGGUAGUCAUACUGAAAGCCAAACGUUGUUAUAGCACCAAAGAAAGCACAUUUACAUUUUAUUUAAAAAUUCAAACUUAAAUAUUUUUCUGCAAAAUAGUGUGUUUUCGACUCAAGUUUGCUUGUGAUCAUAUUUUAAAUUUCCAGCGACUCUUUCCUAUUAAGCAUGUAUAAUGAUUGCGUCUACCUUAACGAUAUUGACCACUUUGCAGGGUUCCCAAUAGAAUUUGGAGUAGGAGGCAUUUUGAAAGGGGUAGGCGGCAAUGUGGUGGCGAAGGUACCACUACCACUCGCUUGGGGGAGGGGAUCCGAGGGCGUUUCUUUGUGAAAAUUCUGAAAUUUAAACCCUCCGAAAUGGCAUUUCCAGGCAUUUUGCAGAGGUCCAUUUCCAGUCAAGAAAAAUUUCCACGGACAGAAAAUUUCCCGAAAAUAUCAUUGUUAAACAUUUUACAAAAUUUUCUUUCUGCCGAAAAUUUUCCUGAGUGGAAAUGGGCCUAAAGGUUUUAGAGGUUUUGUCGUUUUAUCCAAAUAUUUAAAGUGCCUAUGACACGAACUUUCACCGCCAAUGUUUAUGAUUGCAUUGUAAAGAUCACUUAAAAUGACUUGAUAAUUUCUUUUAUAGAAUUUUGGUAACUUGCUUCCUUUGCAAGAUAUUCAAUUUUGUUUCAUAUGUAAAUAUCACCGGUGUGACAUCACAUAGCAUAAUGACAUUUUGAAAACGCAAUGUUUUACCUUGAUAAAAUAUUUUUACAAACAAAUACAGAGGGUUAAUUACCAGUUAUGGAAUUAAUACAUAAACAAGGGCAAUUUUUAAGUUUUUUAGAUACGUAUUCGUCAAGAAAACUAUACUUUUCUGAAAACUCAUUAUGCGAUGUGAUGUCACACCGGUGAUAUUUGCAUAUGCAACAAAGUUGAAUAUCUUGAAAAGGGAACAAGUUACCAAAAUUCUGUAAAAGAAAUUAUUAAGUCAUUUUAAGUGAUCUUUACAAUGCAACCAUAAACCUUUGGGGUGAAAUUUCGUGUCAUAGGCACUUUAACAAAGAAUAUUGUGUAAAAUUUAUGUUAGAAAAGCAAGAAACCUUUCCCUUGACAUUUCUGCGAUGAGGAUGAAACAUUUUGGUUUGCAAUUUCGAUAUCGCUACGCAACACUGCUCGUUUGACACAGCUCAAGAAAUUCCUUUCAAAGACAAAAACUGAAGCGCUUACACUAUCAGAAAUUGGUUGAACACUACGAUAACGAAUGCUGAGAUCUACAUCGAAGGUUAUACAUUAUACAGACAAGAUCGCUUAAAUAAACGUGGAGGUGGUGUUUGCACAUACAUCCGAAAUGACAUUAAGGUCUUCAAACUCAAGGAAAUUUCAUCUGUUUCUGAAAACUGUUUCCAUCAGCUUUGGCUGAAACUUCAAAGUAAAAAGUUAAAAUCUAUCGUAAUAUGCAUAUCCUACAGACCACCGGAGUGUCCGCUGUCCUGCCUAGAAACCAACUUGAAACCGAGUUUUGUCCAAGCCCUUCUACUAAACAAGCCCAUUUUUAUAUUGGGAGAUCUGAAUUGCAACGUUAUGAAGGAAUGUCCAGAGAACACAGCACUAGGAAACUUCAUGCUCGAGAUGAACUUGAACCAACUGAUCAUAACACCAACUAGAAUAACAGACACUAGUGAAUCGUUAAUUGACGUGAUAAUAACUUCAGCUUCCCAUCUUGUCAACGAAAGUGGUGUCAUGGAUACUAUUAAAAGUGAUCAUUUACCGGUGUACGCAGUUCUUAAUAUGAAGCUACCCAAGCCACCACCUCGAUAUAUCCUAACACGAAGCUACAAGGACUAUGACGGAGAAAGGUUCACCGCCCACCUUGCAUCAAGAUCGCAAGAGCUUAUUUCCAUCUUUUCGGAUUCCAAUGUCAAUUCCAAACUUGACAAUUUUAACAACGUCCUUCUUAUAACUUUGGCUGUCCAUGCUCCAGUCAGAAUAACUAAGAUCCAAAAUCGCUCUUGUCCCUUCAUCACAACAGAUAUCAAAAACCAAAUGUUCCACAGAGACCAACUCCACCGUCGUUACAAACGAACACGUGAUAUCGAUGAUUGGAGAGCAUUUAAAAACGCCCAAAGAUCAGUCAAAUCCACUCUAAAAGCUGCUGAAAAACAACACGUUCAAACUGAAGUUAACCUCCAUAAAGAUAAUUCUAGAUCGUUGUGGAAAGUGAUUAAUAGGUGUAUUCCAUCUAAAGAUAAAAGGAUUUUGACUUAUCACAAAAAUACAUUAGAGGGGUGGCCAACGAUUUCAACCAGUUCUUUCAAUCUGUAUGAAAAAGAGCUGCCGAAACAGCUGAAAUGUUAG